AUGGUUGAUAAACAUCUCUCAGUAAACGUCAAAAAGAUUGUUUCAAUCGAUAUAGUUGAAGCAUUUCCUCUCAUUUCUGCAGCAUGGGAUUUGACAACAAAGGAAAGUGUUUUAAAGUGUUGGUUAAAAAGUAAAUUUUACAAUCCGAAUUAUGACAAAUCACCGUACUUUGUUGCAAGUUCGGUUCCAAAUGAUGUUUCAUUAAACAACACAACCGAUGAAGAAACCAUUGAAACUGAUUUGAACAAAGAAAUAUCUAAAUUAAAAAGAAUGAACUUGAUACAAGAAUCGACUACCAUAGAAGAAGUUAUAGAACCAGAAGAAGAAAAAGAUGCGAUUGUUGAUGCAUCAGAAGAAGAUGUUUCUCACAACGAAGUUGAAAUUAGCAAAAUAUCUGAUGAACUAAAAGCUUUGAUCGAAAAGCUUGGUUCGUUGGAUCUUACAGAUAAAAUGGGUAUGUUUUACGCCAAAAGAGUACUGGAGUUGUUAAAUGAAGAAUUUGAAUAG